AGAAUAAAUACUAUAUAUAUAUAUAAAUAUAUAUGCAUAUAAAAAAAACUGAAAAACCAAAACCAGAGAACAAUAGCUUGUUUGGAAACUGAUCUCUGUCUAUUUGAAACUCUCCCGUCUCGAAACGACGAGAAUCGAUUCAAUCGCAUAGGUGCAAACGCUCAUUCUUUUUAAGUUCUCAUGUAUUUGGCGAGAAACGACGCCGUAUAACUCUGCCGGAAACAUUCUCGGCGGAUCACCAUGUCUUCAGGCUUUCCCGGCGGUGCACCGGACUUCUACGCCUCCGGUGGAAUCGGUGGAAGAUCCGUCGCCAUGAACAACAACCCUCAUGUUCCGUACAGGUCUCAGAUGCCCGGAAUUCUCGUCGACCCAUCUUCUCAGAUCGUUCAACGCCGGCCUGAUUGGAUCGGAAAACGGUCGCUGGCGGAGUUUCAGGCCCAGCAUCAGCAACAGCAACAGCAACAGCAACAGCAGCAACCAGGUUUAGGGCUUCUUCUCCGGUCCGUGAAGCCGAGGAUGUACCAGCAUGCUUCUCCAAUAUCUCCUCUUUCACCGGUGGACUAUUCAGCCUCCAUCUCGCCGGAGUUUCCGUCGGUUUCAGCGGGAAGGUAUGGAUUGCCUCUUCUUCAACAGCUACGACCGCAACCCAUCGCGCUUGGUAACAACGUGAUGGCUCCUCGGACCGCUAAUUUAUCGACUGUGACAUACCCAAAUUUCCCUCACAAUAGAGGUGCGUUACAAGAAUCAGAGCCGGAAUCAGAGAAGAAGAUUAUGAAUCGGCUCCAGGAACUCGAGAAACAGCUGUUAGACGACGACGACGUCGACCAAGAGGGCGAUGCUGUGUCUGUCGUCACGCACAGCGAGUGGUCGGAAGCCAUACAGAGCCUCAUCAUCCCAAAUCAAAAGCCCAUUUCGCCAUCAUCUUCGUCUUCUUCAACGUCAUCGAUCGCUUCUGCGGUACCCAUCUGCCCCAAGCAAUCGGCCCACGAAGCCGCAUCUGCCAUAUCCGAAGGCAUGUUGGACGCAGCGAUGGAGUCCCUCACGCGCCUGACCCUGGUCGCCAACGCUCGAGGUAAUUCAGAGCAACGUUUAGCGGCGUACAUGGCGUCGGCGCUCAAAUCCCGAUUGAGCGCAGCCGAGAAUCCGCCUCCAGUGGCGGAGCUCUACAGCAAGGACCAUAUAAUGGCAACCCAAAUGCUGUACGAUAUGUCUCCGUGCUUCAAGCUGGGGUUCAUGGCGGCAAACCUUGCAAUUCUUGAAACGACGUCGUCGGAGCAGAGCGCCGCCAAGUUUCACGUUCUCGAUUUCGACAUCGGCCAAGGAGGCCAAUACGUAAACUUGGUCCACGCCCUCGGUGCGCGUCAAAACGGGAAGCACACUUCCUUGAAAAUCACCACCAUCGCAGAUCCCAGCAAUGGUGGCACCGACGAGAGGUUGAAAGUGGGCGAAGAUCUGAGUCAACUCGCGGAACGGCUUUGCAUCAGCUUGAAAUUCAAGGUCGUGACUCAUAAAAUCCAUGAACUGAGUCGCGAGUCACUGGGCUGCGAGUCCGAUGAGGUCCUGGUGGUGAAUUUAGCGUUCAAGCUCUACAAAAUGCCGGACGAGAGCGUGACGACGGAGAACCCUCGUGACGAGCUUCUCCGGCGGGUGAAGUCUUUGCAGCCGCGGGUGGUGACUGUGGUGGAGCAAGAGAUGAAUGCAAAUACUGCGCCUUUUUUGACCAGGGUGAACGAGGCCUGCGCAUACUAUGGUGCUUUGCUCGACUCGCUAGACUCGACCGUGUCAAGAGACAGAUCGGAAAGAGUCCAAGUCGAGGAGUGUCUGGGUCGCAAACUGGCAAACUCGGUUGCGUGCGAAGGGAGGGACCGCGUGGAAAGAUGCGAGGUGUUUGGGAAGUGGCGGGCCCGGAUGGGCAUGGCCGGGUUCGAGCCCAGGCCCAUGAGUCAACACAUUGCCGACUCAAUGAGAUCCCGCGUCAACUCACACCAGCGCGGUAACCCAGGAUUCACCGUCAAAGAAGAAACCGGUGGGAUCUGCUUUGGAUGGAACGGACGAACUCUCACCGUCGCAUCUGCUUGGCGUUAACUUCACUCUCUCUCUCUCUCAAAUUAUCAUUAUUAUUAAUAUUAUCAAUAUUAAUUGUUAUAUUUUUAACGUUUUCUCGAGAAAAAAAAAAUGAAGGGUAAAGAAAGAAAGACCCACCAACAAAAAAAUAAACGGGGGUUGUUUGGAUGGAAGGAAAAUUCGAGCAUAGUGCAUUUAUUGAUAUUUGGUGGAAGGGUUGGGGGGGUGUUUGGUAAUGGCUGACUUGUAAUGGAUGGGGCCUCACAUUAGUGGCAAAGAAGGGGCUCCACUUAUAGAUUAUUUUUUGUUUCUUUUUUGAGUUUUAGUUGAACUUAUUUAGGUAAUUUUAGUUA